AGCUGGGAGAUCUUCAGUGACCUUUGGGAAAGACACUGUGGAUUGUCUGUGGUUUUCUUUAUUUACUGAAUUGCACUUUGUAAUAGAUUUCCUUGAACCAAGAAACUAAAUACCUAGCAAAUGUCUCCAUCAAACUAUAAUCAGUGACUGGUUUAGAUUCAAUUAACUGAGGGUGCUAAUUUUCUUUCUCUAUCUUUCUUGUUCCAUAAAAUCUUGAUGCUGAUAGUUAAUGUCUUAGUUUUCUAUGUGGGCACUGGCAAAUCCAUUCCCAUUGUGUCUUGGGUGGAGUGGAAGCUUUCUGAGCCACAGGUACUGAAAAUGGCCACCUAGAGCAUGUGCAGGGAGUUAUUAUUUUGUCGUUGAACCAGGGCAUUUAUCAGAACUGCACGACAUGACAGAGCUGCAUGAAGCUGUGGCUUUGGGCGAUUAUGAUUUGGCGAAUGAGCUUCUGAAAAGGGGGCUUUGUGAUGUGAAUUGCAAAGAUACAGAUUGGAAUGACAGGACACCCCUACACUGGGCUGCUGCUAAAGGGCAAUCGGAGAUGGUAAAGCUACUUGUGCACCAUGGCGCUCGCCUCUGCUUGAGAAAUGACGUGGGUUGGACCCCCGCUCAUUUUGCUGCGGAAUCAGGGAGACUCGGCGUGCUAAGGACGCUUCAUUUUUUGCACGCGGCCAUCGAUGCGGCCGAUCUCUUUGGGGACACGCCGAAAAGGAUCGCAGAAAUCUACGGACACAAAGACUGUGUGAAGUUCUUAGAAAUAGCUGAGGUGGAGUGCAGGGACUAUCGCGUGAUGGCAGGAUUGAAAGGAAUUCAACUGGACCAGACAGAUGAAGACUGGGAACUCAAGAAAGAAGAGCUUGAGAAAAAGACACCCCAUGCACAAGCAAAAUAUACACUCUCUACUCAAAAGAAAACCAGAGGAAAGACUGUGAAACAAUAGAGUCUUCACAUCCAACGAGCUAGUCAAAGACACUAAGGCUAUGUCUGAAUUGCACGCUUAUUUUAAAAUAAGCUAUUCCGGAAGAAAUACUCCGAAAUAGCUUAUUUCAAAAUAGCACGUCUACACUACAGGGAAGCCUCAAAAUUAGUCCGAGGCAGGCUUCCCUCAUGUAGAAGUGCUACCUUGAUUUAGAGCCCCAGGAGGCACUGGGGAGUAAUUACUUUGAAUGGCCCGUAGGAGGAGCUAUUUUGAAAUUGCAGCAGUGGAGCGUCCACGCUACUGCCAUUCUGAAAUAGCUAUUUCAGAAUAGAUGUUAUUCCUCAGUGCCUAUAGGCAUGGAAUGAGGUUUACAGACGUUGGAAUAAGCCGUACUUUAUUUCAAAUGUAUUUCGAAGUAACGGAAUUGCUGUGUAGACGCUCGCACUGUUAUUUCGGAAUAAUGUCCGUUAUUCUGAAAUAACACUGCUGUGAAGACACACCCUAACAGACCCCAAAUGCAUCUAGAGUAUGAAAUAUAAACUAUGUGCUUGUCUACGAGAUGCUUUAGUCCAUAUUCCAGGGUUAAAUUACAGUCUGCACUAGCAUGCAGCAUGCUAAUUGGCUUGUGUGUACCCUGCUGGUGUGCCCUGAAGGUUCCCUAGCAUGCAUUACCUUAGCCCUGUUUCAAAUACACUUAUGUUAUAUGUCAGUAGGGUCCACGUAGGUCAGUUAGUGCAUGUCUAAAACCGACAUCCCUCUGGUGUGAAUGAAUGUGUAAAGAAGCCUUACGAGAACCAGUGUUUUGUCCGUGUGUGGGCUGGUACAUAUGGCUAUUAAUGGCAAGCGGCUGGAAGUAGUGGAUCCAUCUAUCUGUUGUGACAAAGUCAGUCCUGACAGAUAACAGAGAAUGGUGGAGGGCAGACAUAUCAGCCCUAGAAUGGUGAAGGGCCUGUUCCCUAUGAGCUGAAAAAAGAGUUAUGUCUGGUUUACAAGAGACACCUGAGGCCAGUGAAGGGCUGCAAGUGACCUUACAAAUCCCUCUUCUGGUGAGUGCGAGGAGGGGAGAGAUGAGACAGUGGGGACAGCA